AAUCAUAUUUAUUGUUUGUUUAUGUGAAAUUUGGUUUUAAACAUGGUUGUUUUGUGCUCUACAAACUGUUCUAGAAAUGCUGUACUAAAGAGGCCUAAAACAGGAGAUGCCCUCUGCAAAGAAUGUUUCUACUGGGCUUUUGAAACAGAAAUUCACAGCACGAUAGUCAAUUCAAAAUUAUUCAAACCGGGUGAUAAGGUUGCAAUUGCAGCAUCCGGUGGAAAAGACUCCACUGUGUUAGCAUAUGUUUUAAAAGUACUUAACGAAAGAUUUGAUUAUGGAUUGAAUUUGGUUUUGCUUUCUAUUGAUGAAGGAAUAACAGGUUACAGAGAUGAUAGUCUUGAAACUGUCAAAAAGAAUGCUGAAGACUAUCAAAUGCCUUUAAAAAUUUUAUCUUACAAAGACUUGUAUGGGUGGACAAUGGAUGAAAUUGUAGCAAAGAUUGGUAGAAAAAAUAAUUGUACAUUCUGUGGAGUCUUCAGACGUCAAGCCCUAGACCGAGGUGCUAAAUUACUAGAAGUUGACUGUAUUGCAACUGGUCAUAAUGCUGAUGAUAUUGCUGAAACUGUUUUUAUGAAUAUACUACGAGGUGAUUUGGCUCGGCUGCAGAGGUGCACUGCAGACAUAAGUGGUGGAGAAAGUUCCAUUUCAAGACUCAAACCUUUGAAGUACACGUAUGAAAAAGAAAUAGUCAUGUACGCCCAUUUUAAAAAGUUGAUAUACUUUUCAACAGAAUGCAUUUUUUCACCGAAUGCAUACAGGGGACAUGCUAGGGCUUAUUUGAAAUGCAUUGAGAAAAUUAGACCGACAGCUAUUAUGGAUAUUAUACACUCAGCCGAAUCAAUGGGUUUCAGCGAGACAAUCAGUUACCCUAAACUAGGUACAUGUACCCGGUGUGGUUUUGUAUCAUCCCAAGAAGUCUGCAAAGCCUGUGUGCUUCUCGAAGGCUUAAACAAAGGUUUACCAAAACUUGGUAUAGGAAAGUCUUCGAAAGUCAAAAAAGCUUUGGAACAAUUUGAUGAUACCACAGAAAAUGCUUCGUCGUGUGGUAAUGGUGUAAAUUGUUGUAAGAAUAAGAUUCGGGAUGGGAAAAAUGAAAGUUGUGGUCAAGAUGAUGAUGUGAAGACGUUGCCGGAGUUGUUGAGGCAGGUUAAGAGUGAGUUGGAUUUUUAAAAUAAUUUUUAUUAAUAGAAUUUUUAAGGUGAUGAUUUUUUUUCUAUUUAUUUUUACGCGAUUUGUAUCUUGUCUCAGGGGUUGGAAUAAAAAUAUUUUAUUAAUUCUUUUGUAAUACAUA